CUAUUGAGCACUCAAGAUAAUACUUUUGUACGCGAAGUUUGAGCUUAUCGCAUCGUUUAACGUUCACCAUGUCCUCUCAACCAAUUUCUCAGUCCGGGGAGAUUGAAGAUGUUGUAGACACAACUCACGACUCGGACGGACCUGAAGAAUCCGAGGAGGGAGUUGAGGUGCAGGAAAUCGACGCAGAUGCACCUUCAUCAAGCAACAAAAAGAAGAAGAAAAAGAAAAGAUCCAAGUUUCACAAGGUGUUGGAUGCACUAUCUGGGAAAUCAGAAGAGAUUCCUCAAGAAAUUGUAGACAAGGUUCUGGAGAAGGUCAAGGCUGAUGGAGGGGAAGGGAGCGAACAUGCCGAUCAAGCUACCGUUCGUCAAGCUCUGGAGCAAAUGAGGAUUAUGGACGUAGUCAAAGGAAAGGCUGGAAUUGGUGGAGUGAAUGCAAAGCAGAUGGGAGAACACAAGUUUUGGGCAACCCAACCGGUCCCUCAGUUAGGCGAGGGUCCCCCUCUUGAAGACGGAUAUAUCGAGCCCUCUAAACCGAGAGAAGAAGUUCGACAAGAUCCAUACCUUCUACCGAAUGACUUCACAUGGACUACUAUCGAUGUCAACGAUCCUGCGCAGAGCAAAGAAGUAUAUGACCUGCUUUCUCUGAAUUACGUCGAAGACGACGAUGCGACGUUCCGGUUCAAUUAUAGCGCUCAAUUCCUUGAAUGGGCACUCAAACCCCCUGGCUACCAUAAAGAAUGGCACAUAGGCGUCCGAGUCAAAGCGAAUCAGAAACUCGUUGCAUUCAUUUCAGGAGUUCCGAUGACUUUGUGCGUGAGGAAUCAUCAAUUCGUAGUGGCGGAGAUCAAUUAUCUCUGUGUUCAUAAGAAGUUGCGGUCAAGGCGAUUGGCCCCAGUAUUGAUUAAGGAAGUCACUCGACAGGUCCAUCUGAAAGGCAUCUUCCAAGCCAUAUACACGGGCGGUGUGAUAAUACCGACGCCUGUUUCUACAUGCCAGUAUUAUCAUCGGUCACUGAAUGUCGCUAAGCUCGUGGACGUGAAGUUUUCGUUUGUUCCCCGUAAUACAACGCUCGCACGAAUGAUCAAGGGCAACAAGUUGCCAGACCAGCUACGUUUACCCGGUGUACGUGAAAUGGAAGAGAAGGAUGUCCCCAGCGUGACAACACUCCUUUCUCGAUACUUGGAGCGCUUCGACAUGAAACCAAUCUUCACUCAAGAGGAAGUAGCACACCAGUUCUUGAUUGGUAGAGGUUCAUCGGAGUCGGGAUAUACCAAUUCCUGGAGGAGAGAGGGACAAGUAACCUGGACAUAUGUGGUAGAGCAUCCCGAGACAAAGAACAUCACAGAUUUUUUUUCUUUCUACUCCUUACCUUCGACGAUAAUUAACAAUGCGAAGUACCCCACGUUGGAAGCCGCGUAUCUGUACUACUAUGCCACGGAUUCCGCCUUCUUACCGGGCUCAGAUGAAGAUGGAAUUUUGAAGCGGCGUCUUCAGGAACUGAUCGGCGACGCGUUGUUAGUAGCAAAGAAAGCUCAAUUCGACGUAUUCAAUGCGUUGACAAUAAUGGAUAAUGUACCGAUUCUGAACGAUCUCAAGUUUGGAAAGGGUGACGGUCUCCUGAACUUUUACCUCUACAAUUGGCGGACUGCGCCUCUGGCUGGUGUGAAAGACAUUGGUAACGUGCCACCAGGUAGAGGAGUUGGGGUUGUAAUGGUCUAACCACAAUUUACACGUAAAGUGAUGAAAAAACAAACAAACAAAAAUUGAGGUACAACUAACUCAGAUGCCAAACCGAAAAGUCAGAUACCUGGUCUAGAUAAAGUAUAUAUACAAACGUAGGUAGGUCAAGAUAGAUACAUGCAGAUUGGUUAUACCGCGAACGCCAUGAAUAAGACGAUACAAGAAAUGGCUAAUAGUACAGGUUGCCGCAAGAAACGCAUGAAGAUUAAAUAUAGAUCUCGAUUCCCAAGGUCAAAGUUCCAAUUCCAUCGCAUCAGGUGUCA